AUGCCCAGAGCAUCGUCCGCGACGACAAAGCCGUCGUUGUCGACAGACCCCUUGACGAUGCCUCCUCAGCACCCCAACGUCCUCAAGCGAAACCAGGCGUGUCACCAGUGUCGACGGAGGAAGUUGAAAUGGUAUGAAGAUACCCAUUUCUUGACUAGGAGGCGGCUCAACACUCCACAACAGCGACGCCAAACGACCGUGUUCAACAUGUGUUCGCCGGAAUGCACUUUCGACGAAAUCGCUGAACAUAACCCGACUGUCUCUGAGGGACCGAAAAACAAGUACGAACGCCUGGAAAAUCGAAUCAACGAGUUGGAGACUUUGUUGAGGCAGAAAGAUCACGCUCUCCUCAACUCCAGACAAGCGUCUGAAGCGAAGACGACUGGAAGUAUUGUUGCCCCCCACUCCUUGAGUACAGCGAACUUCGGUGAUAUUCUCCCCGGCGCCACGAGCAGGCAGUACAGCCUUGCUCUCUCUGACGCAGGCAAUAGCCCGACCUCCAUGCUCACCACGACAACCAAUUUGAAUGGUUCUCCCUCUGGUUUGGAUUUGAUUUGGCCUAAUUGGCCCCCAAGGCUCCCUGCACCCGACUUAUUACGGCACUUAGUGGAAGUCUUUUUCCUCUUUCACCCUCACGCAUCUCGACUCUUCCAUGUGCCGAGUUUUAUGAACUCUCUUGCGCUUCCCCCCACACACCCGAAAUUCCCAGCCACACCCGUCCUUCACUCCAUCUGUGCAAUAGGAAGCCUUUACACCGCCGCAGUGACCUCUCCUCCUCUCCCGAACUUUGAUGAAGUCCCGCCUGAUGAAAUCUUCCUCGAGCGCCUUCGCGCGAAGGAGCAGCGACCCGAUUCCUUUGCAGAACAACAUGCCAAACUCGCGCGGGAGACGGCGGAGCACAUGAACACUCUAGGCGAGAACCUCUUCCAAGUUCUGCAAGCUAAUAUCGUAUUGACCUGGUUUUACUGGUCGCAUGGCAGAUGGGUCGACAUUUUCCUCGGAUCUGCCCAUUCCAUGCGGCUCACAGUCCCUCUUGGGUUAAAUAUGUGCCCACCAUUCCACUCAAUAACCAAGUCCGAAAGGCCGCCUUCAAUUCUUACACCCGCUCGAACCGUCAUCGAAGAUGAAACCAGAAGAAAUGCGUUUUGGUUGGCUUAUGCAACCGAACGCCAACACGGUGCCGGAAACGGAUGGGCUCUGAGUUUGGAUGAUCAAGAUAUCUCACAGCUUCUUCCUGUGCGUGGGGACUUAUUCGAGCAAGGAACCCUCGUGCCUCCAUUAGAUCGCCAAUGGGCCCAUACACGCGACCUUCUCUUAACCCACCCAGAUAGCCAGACUGAUUCCUUCAUGCUAUACAUCAAGGGGACUAUUCUGAUCUCUCGCGUCAAAGCCUUUAAUAUGAGGUUCCGUUCAAGGCAUUUCGCAGGAGAUGCCGCUGUCGCCUGCUCCUUUAGCGAGAACAUACAGUCUCCAGACCCGGUCGAUCCUCGAGGUUCCCCAGCUUUCGUUGAACUGGACACUACCAUUUCUUCCUUCAAGUCCUCUUUCCCGGCUCAUUUGAAAACACCUAUCGUCGAUAACGUCGUCGACAAUCAUUUAUACACGGCCUUCCUGAUGCCCCACGUCGCUAUGAUCGUGCUUCACGAUCCCCACGCCGAAGUUAGGCAGUCGGGGUGCAUAUCAGCGCUAAAAAUUCUCACUUCCGCCAGAGCGAUUCUGGACCUGAUAUACAGUGUGUCUUCGACUAGUUUCGACAUAACCCUCCUCGACUCUUUCUGUUCCUUCUGCUGGUUCCUCAGUGGGCGCGUAUUGGUUAGGUUCCUCCAGGUGGCUUUGGAUGCUCGCAUACCGGACCAAAUCUCGACUCUAAAGGCAGAGAUAGAUUUCAUUCACACCUCUAUCGCCAAAGUUGGGCAACGGAUACCCCUUGCACAUCGUUUUGGGAAAAUGUUGGAGGACCUUCUUAAGAAACGAUGCGGCCCUCUUUCGUCCAUACCUAUGAAUCUCUCGUUCGCGGGAUCAAGCGAUGCCAGUGCGACCAUUAGAACUUUGUUCGAGGGUUGUGACGGGUCGACCGACAAUAACGACAUGAUCAACCUUCACCAAACCUUACAUGAAUCCGGUACUUACCUUCAUAUGCCAUAGACACUAAUGACCCUUUUUUGUGUGUACAUUACUGUAUGACUGCCUGUAACAUAAGCACUUACGGACAUUUUCUUGACGA